GCUUGACGACAUAUUUUAGCGUGCGUCUAUAUCAGGCUCUGUUAGGACUGCUCAAGUAGUAGAGCUUCAUAAACAAUAAUCGGUUUAACAAUAAUAGAAUAAUUAGAAUUCCAGAUCAUAUAAGAUUAGAUGUACCAGUAGUUAGGUCAUUUCUCCGAAGAAUAAUAAAAGCAGAACGUGCUCAGAAUAUUUCCAGAAAAAAGCAGAAAAGGACGUUCAUGAUAUAAACUAUUAUCUCUUACUGAAAACAAGUGGAUGUUACAAUGAAACAACUCCUGUUCCUGGUGAUUAUUCACACGUUUUGUGGACGUUUCUGCAUUUUAGGCGUUGUCGGUUUAGAAACGGUCCCCAACAGUGUCGACAAUAUAGCCGAUACCACUAACCUGCAUACAGACAUUGUAAAACGAGCCAACACAGCGUUCAAACGGCUACCAGGAUGGGGGGUUUACUAUGGCAAAAGGUCCUUUGAAGCUCCGCAAUCGGCACAGAGCGACAAUGACAACGUUAACGAACAAAUACGCGAAAACGGUGAACUUGACUUAGAAAUUGUCAAACAGGAAAACGGCAUUAGUGAUGUAGAUAAAAACGACAACGGCCGUUUUGAAAAGUUCUUAAAUGAAUGGAAAUUCUUGGAUGCGCCUACAAAACGUGCAAAUUUGAAGCGUCUCCAAACUUGGAUGUCUACUUAUGGGAAGAGAUCCCUCCUUCUUAAUAAAUCAAACGGAUACAGUUCAACCGAUUCUGUGUCCAGUACAGAGAAUGACGAAAGCUAUAACUGGAAACAAGCAUACUCUUCUUUUGACUUUGAUAACAAAUAUGACAAACGUUCCCAAAGCUUGGCAACGAGUGAUAAACGCGACCCCAAAUGGUCUGCCAUCUACGGGAAACGAAUGCCAGGGUGGGGAGCGACCUAUGGGAAAAGAGUGCCAGGUUGGGGUGCAACAUACGGAAAAAGAAUGCCCGGAUGGGGGGUGACCUACGGAAAGCGAGCAAGCGGGUGGGAUUUUACACAAGAUAAACUUGUUCCAGGAUGGAGCGCAACGGUUGAUAAACGUGUUCCAGGAUGGGGCGCUACGUACGGUAAACGUGAUGCUGAAAUCCUCCAAGAGGUAGACAAACGUGCUCCAAUGUGGAGCGCUACUUACGGCAAGAGAGCCCCAGGCUGGUACGCAAUGUACGGAAAGCGAUCUAACGCGUGGAAUGCCUUCUACGGAAAACGGGUCCCCGGCUGGGGAGCCACUUAUGGAAAACGUGUUGUUGAAAGUGACUCAGAUAAUACAUAUAAUCAUCAGGAGACCCAGCUUAAUGAAGAAGUUCUAAGAAAAUCUGAGGGGAAAAGAACACAAGCUUGGCAAGCUUUUUAUGGCAGAUAAAAGCAAACAUUAUCUUACAAUACACGUAAGAUAAAAUCCUUAGUAAGCAACAUAGGUGGAAUAACAAAGCUAUUUAUGUAAAAAAAAGUUAUACGGAUUUUUUUUUGUCAGAUUAAGACAAGCCAUAUAAAAUAUAUAUUCUGUUGUUGGAGUAACAUUUCCAUUAAAUAACUGAAAUCUGAAGUCACUAAAUAGUCUAGAUUAAUGUUGAUAAUGCAGAAUGCAUUCUGAGCACUUUGAUAUCGCUUUAUGAAAGCAACGAGAAUCUCUGUAACACCAUUUGCAGUUAGUUUGAAAUAACAAAUUGAAGAAAUCUAAAUAACUAUGAUAACGGAUCAGAUUAAUUUUGUGAUAUUUCAUAAGUGGUACCAUGAGGAGAAGAUGCUGCUGGCCUUCAGUUCAUGCGGGCUGUGAUAGAAUGGUACUUGAAAUCCAACAAUGCAAUCUUAUAAUUAUUGAAAAACAUUCCAUUUUUGAAUGUUAUAACAGGUUAGAAAUAAAGUGUUUAAACCGAC